UAGUUAGAGUUUAGGCCGCUACAAGACUCAAGACUUUGUGUAGAUUAAAAGACUCAAUUCUUUGUGUAGAUUAAAAGACGCAAUUCUUUGUGUAGAUUUCUUAGAUCAUGCGUCUCAUCCAAGUGCUGAUUUUCUGUCUGGUUGCAAGGCAAAGCUCUGCUUUCCUUGUGGACCUGGGUGGUGUGGUGAAGGAUGUGGUCAACACAGCCAGCAACAUCGUGUCCAGCGGCGUCCAGACGGUCGGCAAUGUCUUCAACACUGGGGCACAGGCAGUCGCUACAGUCUGGUGCUCCACGGUCGGCGUCCUCAUACCGUGUAAAGAGAGACCAGGUGGUAGUUCAGUUGCGCCACUACCCAUCCAGUGUAAGGCAGUGGCAGACAUCUUGUUCGUGCUGGACGCCUCUGGUAGCAUCGGUUCGACAAACUUCAAACGACAGUUAUCGUUCGUGUCUAACCUGGCCGCGUCCUUCACCCUGGGCCCUAAUGACGUCAGAGUUGGCGAGGUCGUUUUCAGCAACAGCGCCCAGAAGUGGUUCCACUUGAAGGAUUACACGGACCCUGUCGCUCUCUACAAGGCUAUCCUAGACACGCCCUACACGGCUGGCGCCACCUACACAGACAAAGCCCUAAACCUAGUCGCUGACAGCAACAUGUUUGGUACGGCCAACGGAGGCAGAGUUAACGCCCCGGACGUUCUGGUUGUCAUAACAGACGGACAGUCCAACAACCCGACAGCUACUGCACAAGCCGCCGCCAGCCUGAGGGGUCAGGGGGUCUUGAUCUUCGUGGUAGGGGUCGGCUCGACCUUCUUCGGGCUCAACCUGUUCCAGGAGGACGCCAACAACGAGCUGCUCAAGUUAGCCAGCAGUCCUGAUCACGUGUUCUUCUCCAACACGUACGAGGUGCUGGACAGUGUGCUGUAUCAGCUGGUACAGCGCACGUGCAGGGCCUCUGGUGGUAGAGAACAGAUUGUUGAAAGUGUGACACAAGACGAUGUCGACUGA